AGUCAUUCUGCCGUCACAACACGAAGAGACCACCAGGGAGCAAGAAAGCAAUAACAAACAAACAAACCUAGCAGCGAGCUAACGCAACUUUUGGAAAGCCUAGAACAUCCGUGAAGUAUCUCAUUCACGACUGACAAACCUGCUGCUGUGUUUGCACUCCAACGAAAACCGUGUAGGAUAACGAUGCACAAAGCCAACAAAGAAGACAAAUAACUGAUUAGUGUAAGCGACUAAGGAUGGUUCGGGGUGGUCUGUGGUGCGAUGGAGCUCAAUGGAGCGUCCUUAUUGCGGUUUUCUGCACCAUACUUGUCCCGUCACCCACUCAUGCCUAUAUCUACGCUCAUUAUAGCAACAUGACAUCCAUGUUGUUCGAGGACCUCCCUGCCUUGUUUGGAGCUCAACUUCCUAAAGACGGACUGAUGGGGGUUUUGGUGGUUUCCAAUCCACUUAAUGGCUGUUCAAUAAUCGACCCACCUCCUCCACUGCCGCCAUCUCAUGAUGCCAACACGACCAAAUUCAUGGUUCUCAUCAGACGCUUUGAUUGCAAUUUUGAUAUUAAGGUCUUGCACGCUCAGCAAGCUGGAUACAGUGCGGCAAUAAUUCACAACAUGUACUCAGACACUCUGCUCAAUAUGAACUACAGCAAUGACACUAUUGCAGAGGAGAUCGAGAUAUCCUCUGUGUUUACCAGCUACUAUGCUUCCCAAAUUCUCAGGAAUUUCAUAAUUCCAGAGCAGGGGGCUUAUGUGAUCCUCAAGCCAGAGUUUGCUUUCCCACUCUCAUACUACCUGAUUCCCUUCACUGGAGUCAUUGGCAUGAUCAUUCUUGUAAUGUGUGUUGUCUUGAUGAUACGAUGUGUACAGUACAGAAAACGGCUGAGGAAAAAUCGUUUGUCCAAAGAACAACUGAAGCGCAUCCCGACCCACAAGUUCCGUAAAGGAGACGAUUAUGAUGUGUGUGCUAUCUGUCUGGAUGACUAUGAGGAGGGAGACAAGCUGCGAGUGUUACCUUGUUCACACGCCUACCACUGUAAGUGCGUGGACCCGUGGCUCACACAGACCAAGAAGACGUGUCCCGUGUGCAAACAACGAGUCACCCGGAACAAAACGGAGCAAUCGGAAUCCGAUUCCGAGGAGGAAAGCGGAGGACGCCGAGAGGAAGAAGGGACAGAGGGCGACGGAGACUCGGAGCGCACUCCUCUGCUUCGGCCCUCCAACCCCGGGUCCCCCUCGGGGAGCCUGGGAGCUUAUUCAGCCACCACCAUCACCACUGCCCAGUGCCUCGCCUCACCUGUACGCUGCGACUCCCCCCUCCUGGAUUACGAAGGCUACCACUCCCCGCUGGAGGACACGGACUCAGAAAUCGAGGGUGCCGGGGGAGAUGGGCACCACACCGACGAUGACACCGCACAGCUGAUUGGUAGGGAUAGUGUGGAGGUCUGAUGGGUGGAACUUGGAUGCAAUGAGAUUAGUUUAACCUAAAAAAAAAAAAGGGGUCGUUAUGUCUCGCUUAUCACACUACACUUCACUUUUGUGGUUUGCGAGACACUAAACGUAUCAGAACCUUUUACCAAGUAACCAGAGGAGGGCUUCUCGUUAGUGUCAAAGCACAUGCAACACUUUGCAUUGAUAAAUUUACUAAAAAUGAAAUGUCAAGCAACUCCACUCAAGUUUUUUACACACAUUCAAUCCUCUCUGUGGGUAGAAUUUGUUUUAAAGCCGCAUGUUUUUAAGUCCUAACUUGACCCACACUAUGUGACCUAAGCACUUGUGCUACACAUAAAGAACGGGCCCCUUAACCUCUCUGGUAAUCUAACAUGCUGUAUGAAUAAGAGAGUUACUGUAGUUCAUCAACUAAAUGAUUUAAAUUGGACCUUUUUGGGCUCCCCAUGUGAGCGGUGGGUUAGGUCAGAGCAGUUUUAACGACUCGCUGUUGUCUUCAUCAGAAUCCCUUUUUUAUCCGACACUCCUUUUUCCCGGCGCUCCUGAACAUGGUGUGAAAAUGGAGGGACACGUUUGUCUUCAUUUAAUGUUUUCAGUCCACGACGCUCACGUUUUUUUAAAGAUAUUUUAUUCAAGUUGUCAUCUCAAGUCUCACUACUAAACAACGAUACUAUUAUAGCACACUGCGAAGAUGUUAAACGUUUCUGCUGCUUUGCGUCUGUAUUUGUUUUCUAUGUGGUCAGUUUAAGGACAAAUUAAUUUUAGCUUUAUCCAGUUUGUCACGUUGAACAAACUCAGGUUUUUAUUGCAGCAGAGUAAAGGUCAGUGAGUAUUGUAAAUGAAUGACAAAGACAGAGUUAAGGGUUUGCUCUUACAGAUUGUUUUUAACUUCUUUUGUUUUGUUUUUUCUCUGAAUCAGUGAAAUUUAGAGUCAUGAUUAUGAAUCUGGGACCCAAGAUGUGUUUUUUUGUUUUUUUUUCUUUUUUAGCAAAGAAGAGCAUUAUUGCCUUAUAUUGGCCUUGGUGUGAUUGCGUAUGUUCAAUUAAAUGUCUGGAAACUGAAGGGACAGGAUUCACACUCCUUGGCUUUCUUAAUGUCUAGCUGUAUUUAAUGCCGCUUUCUUCUCGUUUCCCUCUCUGACAUUUUGCUCCACAUCUUUUGUAUAAUGACACAGUAAAAGAACGAGAGCUCAUUUGUUUCCACAUGUUCAGUGCUCCUAAUGAGACGUCAUAGACACCUGGAUCAUUGGCUGUCAAACAACAUCGGACUUGUUUCUGUACUUUUACCAAGUGACCUGUUCAGGGUCCAAACUGUUCUAGCUGUUUCACACUUUCUAUAAUGUUUCACAGUGUUGACUUUGAUCUCCGAUCCUAAAUUCACAACUGUUUUUUUUUUUUUUUUUUUUAAAUGUAAAAAGCUUACUCAUUGUUGAACUUUUCCUAAAGAUUCUGUCAUGUGUGAUUCAAAUAACGAGUGCUGCAGGUGUUAAAUAAUUGCUUCAUCAUGGUCCAACUUUAUAACCCUAACUCAUAUUUAUACUAAGCUCAAAGGGGGGAUCAAACUAGAUCCUGACUGAUUAAUUACUCUGAUGUACGUCGCUUUGGAUAAAAGCGUCUGCUAAGUGAAUUGUAGAAUUGUAAUCAUCCAGCCGAUAUUAGAUAAUCCAGUGACUAUGGGUAGUGGCUAAUUUUAUCACAGAUAUGUGCCGAUAUUAUUGGAUUUAUUGACUACUCAAAUGUCAUUUCAUUUGAGUAGCGUUGAACACUAGAAAUUCUCUUUCUGGCUCUCACCAGCAGAGGGCGCUAUAUGGACUACAACGAGCAUCAUCACCAUCCAGAGUGUGUAGCGGUGAUGCAUGCACAGUUACUUUCCAGUUGAGUGACCGUCUUGUCUUCGUUAUAAAUCUUUAUAACGAGUUUGAGAACUCCAUUUGAGGGAUCAACCCAAUAAAUGUGUAUAUUUAAAUUUAUUUAGCUCUGCGGAUCAAACGUAGAUCUAAGAAUGAUAUCGGCCAAUAUACAUCGGGUUUAUUUCUCUUAUCGAUAUCGGCCCUAAAAAUCGAUCGGGCCCUAGAUCAAAGCCGUCCCCUAAAACGCCCCCACUACAGAUGAUAGGAAACACUUCAGACACUGCGUACAUUUGUAUUCUCCAUCUCAGCAUUUGUUGUCUCACCGUUGUAUUUUGGUGUGAAAGAUGAGAAUCAGCAGGACAUUCCUUCUUUAUAUCUCACUGAUUGUUGAUCAAAAGACUUAACACAAUGAUGUUUUAAUCGGGACUCGUUGGCAAUAGUCAAUAUUGUAAAAUCGAACCGCUGUUUUCCUUUUCAUGCUUCGAUGUCUUUUGUACUGUGUCCUUUCUGUUUGGCUCUAAAUGUCUCACUUUGAGAGACUGUUGACUUCAACAAUGAAUCCCCCCCCCCCCCCCCCCCCCCCGUAUGAUUUAUUGCUCCUCUUCUUUUAGAAUGUGCCUAGUUCAUUACUUUGAAAUGAAACAUGUACAGUGUCAACUUUGAUUUUCAUGUAUAAAGCACGUCUGAGAAUCCUUAGGAUGUAUAAACAGUCUGUGGAAAGUCGCAUUUAAUGUGUGAUUUGUGGAAGAUUAAAUUGAUCUUGAAAAAGGAA